GAAGCGUGAUGCUUUGAAUUGAGUGUCUUGUUUAUUAUCUUGUUGAUUAACUAUUAAAAAUGUACAUACAAUCGUGACUAAAACGUAUAUUAAUAAAAAUCAUUCUUCUAACUAUAGUGAUCGGAAUCAGUCGUAUUCGCGAAGUAUAAUUUUGUUUCCAAAAACGUAACAGUAGCGUGUGUUUAUGCUUUCUUCUCCGUUCGUUGACAAAUGGAUCUUGAUAACCAAAGCGAAGAUGGAGAGAUAAAGAAAAGUCCUUCUAAAGACAUGGAUGACUUUAGUUUUUCAGAGGAGGAUGGCGGGGACACAGCAGAUUCUUUGGACAUAAAACCGCCACAGGCUAUUGUCCGUCAUCACAAGUCUAACUCCUCCAGAAGGAGAGACAAGCACGGGGAUAGACGAGAUCGUAGAGAAGAGAAAGAAAGAAAAUCCAGACACCAUGAUCGUGGGGAGGACAGGCACAGAGAUAAACAUAGACAUCGUAGACACGGUGUAGAUUUGUUAGAGAGAUCAGAUCGUUCAGAAGGUUCCAAGAGGGAGAGAGAACGGAUAGAGAGACUCGAGAGAUUGGAAAGUCAUAGGGAAAGGGAAUCUAGACAUGAUAGAAAAGAAAGAAGCACGGGGGAUCGUGUUUUAGAAGAUUUAAGAGAGAGAUUAUUGGACAAAAGAAGAGAAAGGCGAGAGGAUUCCAGAGAUAUACGUGAUUAUAAAGGCGACGCUCGUUGUGAGAUUCGCAUAGACGAUUCUCGUGAAUUACGUGAUUCCCGUGAACGCAGAGAGAUCCGAAUAGAAGACAUAAGAGAGCGUCGAGAUAUUCGUUCUGUCCCAGAAGAUGUUAGAGAACGUCGCAAAAUUCGUAUGGAGGAGCACAGACACAUGAGAGUAAUGGAGGAACAAUAUUCAGAAACAGAGCUCAUAGAGCGGGCCGAGAGAAGCGAGAAACGCCAUAAGAGAUCCCACAAACACGAUCGACUUCGUGACAGAGACAGAGAGAAAGCGGAACGUGAGAAAGAGCACAGAGAAAAGCAAUUGCGCGAGGCUAUGGAGAUCGUGUCUGAGGAACCCGACGAAAUGGAGAUGAAUGAGAUGCCAAUACCGCCUAAGGAUCCUAAGGAGAUGACUGAGCAAGAACUCAGAAAAGAGAGGCUCUUGGAAGCUGACAGAGAAAUGGCUAGGAGAAAGGAAGUUUCUAGAAUGGAACUGGCAGCGCGACGAAUGAAGAGAGGAGAGAAACGACCUCUAAGUCCUGACAACAAUCAGGAUCCCUCCAUCGUUGAAUUGUCUGAUGAAAGUCCGAGUCCUGUUCAUUCGGAUGAAGUUCGUUCUAAAUCGGUGGAGUCUAGACAUUCCUCAGAUGGUCAGAGAAGCAUUCGUGAAAGAUCAUCGGAUAGACAUUCUUCCGAUUCAUCUGAGUCUAGCAGUGAAGAUGACGAUGAAUCCAACGAUUCUAAUAAAGGUUCCAACGCGGACUCCAAUGAUGGCUCCGACUACAAUAAUCCAAGUCCCUUGUCUGUGGAUCGGCUAGCCAAGUCUGAUCAUUCCGAUGGAGAAUCGCCAGGGCAUGUUGACUCCAACGGUGCACCUAAAACUGUGGAGGAAGAAGAAAAGAAGGAAGAGGAACCCGAGUUGCCUCCUUACUUACCUGCGAUUCAAGGUUGCAGAAGCGUUGAAGAGUUCCAGUGUCUGAAUCGCAUCGAAGAAGGCACCUAUGGUGUAGUUUACAGAGCUCGUGACAAACGCACGGACGAGAUUGUUGCUCUGAAACGAUUAAAAAUGGAGAAAGAAAAAGAGGGAUUCCCGAUCACCAGUCUUAGAGAGAUAAAUACUUUGCUAAAAGCACAACAUCCGAAUAUAGUAACUGUCCGGGAAAUAGUUGUCGGUAGCAAUAUGGAUAAAAUAUUUAUAGUAAUGGAUUAUGUGGAACAUGAUCUUAAAUCGUUAAUGGAAACGAUGAAACAGAAAAAACAGGUGUUCAUACCAGGCGAAGUCAAGUGUCUCAUGCAGCAAUUGCUAAGAGCAGUUGCACACUUGCACGACAACUGGAUCCUCCAUAGAGAUUUGAAAACAUCGAAUCUGUUACUGAGUCAUCGAGGUAUCUUGAAGGUUGGUGACUUUGGCUUAGCCCGAGAAUAUGGUUCACCGUUGAGGCAAUACACUCCAAUUGUCGUAACGCUUUGGUACAGAGCUCCCGAGUUGCUGUUAAGCGGGAAAGAGUAUAGUACUCCCGUUGACAUGUGGUCUGUCGGUUGUAUCUUUGCGGAAUUAUUACGAAUGGAGGCAUUGUUUCCGGGGAAAUCAGAGAUCGAUCAAUUAAAUAGGAUAUUCAAGGAAUUAGGAACGCCGAAUGAUCGAAUAUGGCCAGGCUACAGUAAACUUCCAAUGGUGCAGAAGAUUCCAUUUGCUCAUUAUCCUGUGAACAAUUUGAGACAACGUUUUAGCUUGUCACUGUCAGAUUUAGGAAUUGAGCUCUUAAACAAGUUUCUUACAUACGAUCCUCAGCAACGAGUGACAGCGGAGGACGCGUUGAAUCACGGCUAUUUUACAGAAGCUCCUCUACCGAUCGACCCACAAAUGUUCCCCACAUGGCCAGCCAAGUCAGAACUUGGUAUCAGAACAGCGAACGCUUCACCCAAACCACCAAGCGGUGGUAAAGAGUAUAAGCAAUUAGGUGACGGCGAUGAAGCUGACUUAAGUAAUUCCGGUUUCCACAUGGGUCUCACGGAAGGUGGAAGACAGCCUCCAGUCGGCGGUGGUUUCCAUUUAAAGUUUUAACUCUUCACAAGUUCAGCGAGCCCAAAUCGAAGAAACUUUUUUACUAUAGAUAAAGCUUUGUACACUAAUUGCAAACAUUCGAUGAAAAUGUGUGCGUGUAAAGAAUUAAAGAAUGUCACAUGCUAAAACUUUGCACUGUAAUUCUUCCAAGAGUCACAUCGUAUAACAUCGAUAUUGAAAAGUUUAUGUUUGUUUGAAAAUUAUCAACGUGGGGAUUGGUACUUGUUGCAGCGGAUGGAAAAUUGAGGAGAAAUACAAAAACGUAUAUUUCUACAUUUUUA